ACUUUUUCCGUUGGCAACACUGGUUUUCUAACCUCAAAUAAAUUGGAGGAAAAAUAAAAGUUUCUUAAAUUGAAUACUGCACAUAAAAAAUAAUAUAAUUUUUUAAUUAGUUAAGAAUUAAAUUGAAAUGGCAGGAAAUUUUUGGCAAAGUUCUCAUCACCAACAAUGGUUAGUUGAUAAACAAGAUUUAAUCCGAGAAAGACAAUACGAUUUAUCCAUCCUAACUGAAGAAGAAUACCAAAAGAUAUUUAUAUUUUUUGCUAGUGUUAUUCAAACUUUAGGAGAACAACUUAAACUACGACAACAAGUUAUAGCAACAGCUACUGUUUAUUUUAAAAGAUUUUAUGCAAGGAAUUCAUUAAAAUGUAUCGACCCACUCUUGUUAGCACCAACCUGCAUUUUUUUAGCAUCUAAAGUAGAAGAAUUCGGAGUUAUUUCUAAUUCAAGACUGAUUUCAACUUGCCAAACAGUUGUUAAAAAUAAAUUUAGUUACGCUUAUAGUCAAGAAUUUCCUUAUCGAACCAACCACAUUUUAGAAUGCGAAUUUUAUUUAUUAGAAAAUUUAGAUUGUUGUUUAAUCGUGUAUCAACCAUACCGCCCUCUUUUACAAUUAAUGCAAGAUUUAGGACACGAAGAACAACUUUUAACUUUAUCAUGGAAAAUAGUUAAUGAUUCUUUACGUACCGACGUUUGUCUUUUAUAUCCACCGUAUCAAAUUGCGAUUGGUUGUAUGCAAAUUGCAUGCGUUAUUCUUCAGAAAGACCACAAAAAUUGGUUUGCAGAGUUAAACGUUGAUAUAGAAAAAGUACAAGAAAUCGCAAGAUAUGUUUUGAAUUUAUUUGAAUUGUGGAAAACUUAUGAUGAGAAAAAAGAAAUACAAAGUCUUUUAGGUAAAAUGCCUAAACCUAAACCUGCACCUCAAAGAUAAAAAGUAUUGUGUUUUGUGAUAAUAAAGAAUUUGUAUUAAAUAUAAUCUAAAAGAAUGUAUUAGAGAUUUUAAUUGUAUCUCGAUGUAAUAAAUUUAAUAAGAUUAACAUAA